GGGCGAGGCAAAUGUUCAUCACUCUCGUGGCGAGUUCUACUGUCCUGGCGAGCGCUGGUGGUUGGUGUCAAUCUCCAGGUCUCCACCAUCGGGGGGCCCAGUAGUCGCUGGUUGUUGCCCCUUUUCCCGUUCGCUCUGACUAGAGAUAGGCUGUUCUGGUUAUUACCAUUAUGGAGCACCCCCCCCCUCUCCCCCAGCGACUUUCCUUGGUAGGCAACGCCAUCUACUCUCGUUUUUGCUCUUCGCCUAUUUUUUAUUCUUUCUCAUCGUUCCCCUGUUUACUUUUUCUGGCUCGACAAAUAGGCAACUGCUAUCUGCUUGGUAGAGAAACUCAUCUAGACUCUGCUGAAUCGGCUCCCGAUUGUGUCCGAUUAGAAAGUAGAAGGGGAGGGACAAAAGAAAUGUUAAUUGAGGGGACGGACACAUCAACACCGACUUGCGACAAUCACUGUUGAUCAAAAUUAACGCCGGCUUGUUUGGUGCAGGAUGCAUUACGCAAGCAGCCCGCUAAGCCAAGCACUGUCUUACCCGCGUUCAGCGGCCACUUGCUCAUAGCGCCGCCGCAAAGGUCCCUUGCGGGUGGAGAAUGCGGCGAU